GUUAUUUAUAGUUUAUAGUUUUCCAAAAACCAUAAUAUAUUUGGGUCAGUAGACAGAAGGAUGACGUGUACAUUUACGUCAGAGAUGGAGUAACCGUACAGACCAAACCAGACCAUGGCCACGUUGCAAUCAGUAGGUGUUAAUAUGAACAGCUGGCGUAAACCGCUUUAUAUCUUUGGUCCCAAUGAACAUGACCUACAAUAUGAAAUUACAAAAAAUGAACAUUUGCAGAAUAUCAAUCCUGAACAUUUCGAAGAUCACAGUCGUACAACAGAUGAAGUUCUCAAGGUCGUAAUGCAAGGAAUACGUAAAUUUUCAAGAGACCAGUUUGAUGGGUUGGUUCUCCGCGAUGAGCUGAUUAAGUUUGGUAGUUCAAGAGAGGGAUUGAAGGUCAUUGAUGCUCUUGAGUUUGAUAGCAUCCUCAUAUUUGAUAUAAAUGGAAUGAUUGUAGAACCUGUUCCAGGUGAUGCUCUUGGGUUGGUGCAGCUUCGGGUCAACAAUGCUGAGGCUUUGUUAGAAAGAUACCCAUGGACCAGAAAAUGUGAAGUGUUUCAAAAAGUCGGUAUAAACAAAUACUUCAUCAAUUCAAGGAAUCUACACUUAAAAGUAUUCGAAUCUAUUAUCGACAAAACCCGUGAACUGGUGAAUGAACAACUACGGGCUGGAGAUACAAACUAUUCUAUAAGACGAAUUGCCAAGCCACCAACAUUAGACAUUAAUAUAACCUUAAAUAAUGAAAAAGAUAUAAACGAUUUAUUCAACUCAUUUUCUAACAUUACUUUAGAAAGUCAAUCUACUAGAAAUGAAUCCAGAUCAUUCAAUAAAUCUUUGGAUAUGGACAUCGUUCCAGCCCUUCUUUUGCGACACGAUUAUGUUCCAGAUCCUAAUACAACAAACUCGCCCAAUGGGAUUCGCCAAAUGGUUUGCUCUGUAUAUGCCGUAAUGAAAUGGGUUCAUAUCCCUAACUCAGUAAUGACAAGCGACAAAGACUCCUUGUGGAGAGUUUGUACGUCUGGAUAUGAGAGACAUAUUCUAGACGUCUGCCAGUUGAAUCCUAGUCAACAGUUCUUGAUGACGGCUUGUCGAAUCUUAAAGACAUACGUUUCUAAUCAGGACUCCCGAAUCAGCUUCACACAGUUGCGGCUUCAAAUCACCUGAAAACAAUAUGUUUCCAUUGUAUAACAUUACUAACGAUACCAAAAGAGCAUAACUCAUUGUCAGGCGUCAAAGAGGCCAUGGGUUAUUUUCUGUCGUUUCUGGAUUUAUGUAUUAGAUCCAAAACGCUGCCACACUUUUUCUAUGGAAAUCCCUGGUUAGUUCUAAUGUUUCCCGAUACCAGCUUUGGACACGAGGACGACAUCAAAAACUUGUAUGGAUCAAUGAGUCCCGAUACCUUCAGACAGGCUACUUUCAGUUAUGCCAAGAUGUUACAAGACCUGGAAAAAUUUUAUACGGAGAUUGAAUGUCUUGAUGCCGAUCGCAUAGGCCGGUUUAAGGAACUGCUUGGCCUUCAGCACACCUACAGAAAACCUGGUGGUGUACACAUGUUUUGAAAAACUAUUUUUCAUUAUGUGAAACUCAACUUAUAAAGCAUAGUGGUGUUUGUGUCAGGCUUGGUGUUUGAACGCUUCAUGUAUAAAACUAACUUUUGUCGUUGAGGGCAAACGCAUGUAGUCGUACAUGUAAUUGCUACUGGUUUUGGGUUUUUUUCAAUGUGCAUAUUUCAUUUCUUUAUAGAUACGUGUGUGAAAAUUAGAAAUUUCAGCAUGUAAAUUAUGGUAUCAUGAAAUUUAAUCAAUGGUGUUGAAUCUUUCAGUUACCAGGUGAAUUAACAAACAAAUUAUCUAUACAUAAUCCUUUUCAUACAGUGAAGGUGUACCACUGCGAAAUCGACUAUUCAAUGUACAAUGUUUUUAUUUGUUUAAAGAACAUCACUUCAAGUUAGUUUCCUUUAUCAAAGAUGCCAGUUUUAAUUGUUUGAAGUUAGACAGAGAAUCCAAAAAAAAUAGUAAUCCUUGUCAAUUAAAAUCAGUCACGCGCACCUUCCCAGAGAGCGAUGAUUGAACUCCCACAAAUAUUUCAACCAGUGAUAAAUACUAAGUUUUUGCAUCUCAUGUCAAUAGCAAAUAUUUCUCUGUAAAUCUGUUGUAUCCAUCGUUUAUUUGCCUCUCAUUUGGUUUUGGUUUGUUUCCCUUAUGGGUUUAAAGUAAGAUAUCUUUAAUUGUUUAACAUAUAUAAGCUAUAUAGUUUU